AUGGCGAACGCUUAUGCAAGGCAGUUCAAUGCUGCCUGGGACCUCCUCGAUAAGGAUGAAUGCGAGAAGUGUAUCGCUGAAGCCAAGAAGAACCUCAGCGACGAGACUAUGCCGCGUUAUUACAUCAUCAAAAACUGCCUCCUCAUCGCCUGCGCCGCCAAUACCUGGGUGGAAGCGGAUGACUGGAAGGCAGCAGCUGAGCAAGUCUACCAGGAGGCCUUGGUGAGGGCAACCAGCAAGGGCGACAAGGAUUCCCUUGAAGCGCUCAAUGAACUGCGCGAGGAGCUCGACGAGCUAGAUGAGUUCAAAAAGAAGGAACUAGUGGGAAUGACAACAGAACAGUUCCGAGCAGCACUCACGCUUAGUGAUGCGGAACAGGAGAUGAUCGACAGGGAAGGAGAGGAAGAGAUGGCAGCUUGGGCCGCAUUCCAUAGCGGAGCGUGUUGGGGGCUUGCCUCUGACGAUUACGACAAGCUCGCCGAUGCAGAAGACGAAGAAGCUGACCCCGGGGACUCAGACGAACUGGCCAAGGCGGAGAACGAGAACGAAGACAACGGCUUCCAAGGCGUAGAGGCAGUCGCCAGGGCAGAGAACACCAACGAGAUUGCCGCCGCUCAUAUCCUCCCAGACCGAUCCAUGCGCCGCUUCGUCCCCUCCCCCGACACUACCCCGACGACUACAGUGCCUACGAUUGUCGCCGACCCUCUCGAAGCUCCAACUACCACUUAG